CCUCCUCCUCAGAGCACUCAGCCAAGGUGGGAAGGAAAGACUGUCUGUGAUCUGAACUGUGUUCUUUACCAGCCCUUGGGGAGGAGUAAGGCAUAAACAACCUAGUAGCAGCAACAGCAGCAGCAGUAACUACACAGAGCAGGACAGUUUCCACAAUGAGAGACAUAAGGACUCCUCAGCAGGCCCGUGAGGAGGAUCUGAAAGAGGCUGCAAAGAAAGGGAGAUACCUUCGGGGGAAGAGCCUCCUCCUGUGUGCUCUCAUGCUCAGCGCUGUCCUUGGGUUUGCAUUGCUUCUUGUCUACACCAUCUUCACCUGUGGCCUGGGUACAAUUAAGGGUACAAUUAAGGAGCCCUGUAACACCAAGGAGUGUCUCACACUUGUGGCCAGACUCCUGGAGACAAGGAAUACCACCAUAGAUCCCUGUGAGGAUUUUUAUGGCUAUGUUUGUGGCAACUGGAAAACCAACCACUCGCUCAGGUUGACUGUGGAGUCCUCAAAUGUGUUUGACGUCAUGCUGGAAGAAAACGAGCUGAUCCUGAAGAGGCUCUUAGAGGUUCCACGGGUCAAGGUUGGAGGCUCAGCCAAGGAGAAAGCCAUCCAGUUCUACCACUCCUGCAUGAAUACCCAGCGGAUAGAAGCAGAAGGGGCUCAGCCCUUGAAGGAGCUCAUAAAUGAGAUUGGUGGCUGGAACUUCACAGGUCCUGGGAAACAGACAGAUUUUAACCAGACCCUGCAGAUACUCAUGGGCAAAUACAACACUUUCCCCUUCUUCAGAGCAUAUGUGGGACCUAGCCCUUCGGACCCCAGCACCAAUAUCAUCCAGAUUGACCAUCCUAAGUUUGAGAUACCUCCAGAGAGUGACUACGAUGAGAAAGCAAAUUAUCCUGAGGUUGUCCGUGUGUAUUUCUCAUACCUGAUGAAGCUGGGGACACUGCUGGGAGGGCCACAGAAUGUCACCACCACCUCAAUCUCUUUCGCCUUGUCCUUCAUCUCCAACCUCCAGAAGAUGGUCACCCCACUGCAGAAACGGCGAGAGAGAGGGAUGCUGUUCUAUCACACCACUAUUGGAGAGUUGCAGGAAAAGGCACCCGCAAUUGAUUGGCUGCCAUGUCUCCAAGCAGCCUUCCAUCCUGUGCUGCUGAACAUCUCCCAGCCAAUCGCAGUGCAUGACAUGGAUUAUUUGGAAGGCAUGUCACAACUUAUUGAAAAAUGGCAGAAGGGGAGGGUCCUACAAAUCUAUAUGAUCCUCUGCCUGGUUGGAAAUCUCUCCCCAGCCCUCGACAGCCGGUUCCAAGAUGCACGCAGGGAAUUGUUUGAAAAGCUGCAUGGAAAAACAGGAGAAUCUAUGAUGGUACUGAGUACCCAUCGCUGGAAGAGAUGUCUGACUGACACCAGCAUCUUCUUUGAACCUGUCCUUGGGCAGAUGAUUGUGCAAGAGAUUUUCCCUCAAGAGACAAAGGAACUUGCUGAGAGGAUGUUCUCUGAGGUGCGAGAUGCACUCCACAGUCGUCUGGAUCAGGUGGAAUGGAUGGAUGAGCAGACUCGACAGGAAGUCAAAGACAAGGUUUCUGAGCUUCAGGUGGAAAUUGGCUAUCCAAACAGUAUUCUCCAAACUGCUGAGAUGGACCAGGAAUUCCAGGAUCUGGAGAUACACGACAAUACCUUUUUGCUCAAUGUGGUGGCCUGCCUGAAGGCUAUGAAGGAAAAUUUCUCUCUGAGGCUCCUUCAUCCGCACCUGCAGGAUAAUUGGGAGGUCUCCCCUUGGUCUGUAGAUUCCUACUACUCGCUGAGGCACCAUGCCGUGGUCUUCCCUGCAGGAAUGUUCCGCAGCCCGUUCUUCCACACCGAGUUCCCAAGUGCUGUGAACUUUGGAGCGUUGGGAGUCAUCAUGGCACAUGAGCUGCUUCACGUGUUCUAUGAUUAUGUGGUACCUGAGAGCUGUCCUAGAUGCAACAGGGAAGCAUUAGUGCAAGGUAUAGACUGCCUGGUGGACCAGUAUGAAGGCUACUCUCUACAGGGCCUGAGAGUCAAUGGCACUUUCACUCUGCUGGAGAAUGCAGCUGACAUAGGGGGAGUCGCCAUCGCUUACCAGGCCUAUAAGAACUGGCUGAAAAAGCACAAAUGGGAGCGGAAUUUACCCAGGAGUGGACUCUCAAACCAUCAGCUCUUCUAUAUCAGCUUUGCCCAUGGGAUGUGUGGUCACCAGAGCCGUGAGAGACUGCGUGCUUUCCUGCACAGGGACCUGCACAGCCCCCUACCACUCCGUGUCCGCGGUCCCCUCAGCAACAGCCAGGACUUUGCCAGGCACUUCCACUGCUCCAGCUCAGCAUCAAUGAAUCCAGCCAGCAAGUGCCACAUCUGGUAAUUAACAUGGAGGAGGAGAGGGAGAGGGAGACAGGCAGAGGUAUGAAGAGUGGAGCUGGAGAAAUCAUCCCUGCUGAAGAAUGAUCUGCUCUUACACAGAGACAUGCUGGAACCUGACCCCUUCCUGCCCAUCCCUUCUUCUCAACCUUUCCUCCUACCAGAAGAUCAUGAUGGCCAAAUGUUCCAAUCCAGGUAGCAGGAGGGAAAAGGAGCUAUACAUAGCAGCCUGUACAGUGUAUGCAACUCCACAACUGCUCCCAUGCCCUGCCCCAAUUUGGCAAAAUGUCAGAGCGCGGGAAGUGGAAGUGAGAACACAAGCUUGCAACGUUGGAAGAUUGGCUGCAACCAUUAACAACUCUGAGGAAAAUCUCAUAAAUCUCCAUGCCACCUCUCACCCUGGACCACCAGGGAUAGAAGAACCCAGAUCUCUGACUCUGAAAGUAAAUGGUGGGAGAGAUUCAUUGCCUACUGUUUCCUGAUGGGAAGGUGAGACAUUUAAUUAAUGUGUUCUGCUAAAAACUCCACUUAGAUAUGUUAUUGUACACCUGUCCUAAUGCUGACAAUAUGAGUGGGAAGGUUUAUGUUCUGUGAAUUAACUUAGAUUUGCCCUGUUUGGGUCCCUCCACGCCCCCGCCAGCCCUACUCCAUUGUUAUUCUCACCUCUGACUACUAGCAGCCUGAUCCAGUGCCAACUUGAACGGAAAGCUCUGUCCCAUUAACUUCACUGGGCUUUUGAUCAAACCCUAGCUACCACGCCUUUGAUGCAGCAGCUGCCUCUCCUCUGUCUUACCUGCGCCCCCUUACUGGCUUCUGUAGCAACAAGAUCAGCUAUGAUCAAGUUUUUCCUCCCUCAAAGCAAGAGCAUGCAGUGACUGAGGGAGAAGAAAGGCUGGAACAGGGGAACCCCUUAGAGAAGAGGAAUGGGGGAAGCAAUGCAUGGGCAGGACAGGGAGUGCAAUCUCAGGAGGCAGUGAUGUAGCUACAGUUGUGCAAGUAGUGCGGUUGCACCAGGACCAUACAGUCAUGAGGCUAUGAGGGACUGCCAGAUGGUGUAGCUCUCUGGCACAUUGCUGGGAACUGCAACCAAUGGGAACUAUGGGGGUGGUGCCUGCAGGCAGCAGUGCACAGUGGAACCUGCUCUUCCCCCCCUCCAUCUAGGAGCCACUGUCAGAGCGGUGUGCUGGUUGCUUUGGGGGACACCCAAGGUAAGCACUACCCCCCUAACACUCUCCCGCAUCCUUCACCCAGGCCAAAGCUUGCUCCCUUCAUCCUGACUUCUUCCCAGAGCCUGACCCCUUCACCCCUCCCAUAGCCCAACCCUUUGCUUCUAUCAAGUUACCUGAUUUUUAUUUUCAUUUACUUCCUAAUACUUAUAACACGGGAAGAGGAGGAAGAAGAAAAAGAAUGAAAAAUGGGUUGGAGAGAGAUGAGUGAGAAUGUUCUUUUUCUUGGAGGGGUCCCCAGGUAUGUAAGUGUGAAAAUGAGGCUUCACACAGGUCCCCACUAACCACCAGGUGAGAGGAACUGAUGAGCAGCCACCAGCCAAGGUUAGGAGUAGGGAAGUAAGCAACUAGUCGAGUAGCAUAGGCUUAUUGGGUAGUUGAGUGACUACCUGCUUCCCUCCCCCUUGCCUCGGUCAGAGUCAGGAAGGGGGAGACAGGAGCUCAUGCUGAGGGUAGCUGGCUUAAAAACCGGUUCCUCCCAGCACCAUCUCUGUAGGUGGCAGGAGAGGCAGAGGUGCAGCAGGAGACUGGGCAUGAACUGAGAAUCAGCUGUCCCGGUUCACACCGGGUUGCCCACUGCGCCUCUGCCUUUUAAGUGUAGUAGGAGCCUAGUGGCUCUUAUUACAUUUAAAAGAGAGAUCCAGAGCGGGUUUAGCCCUGUGGCCAGGAGCUAACCAUGCUCUGCAGUUUUCCCCCUUAUUGACUAGUCGAGUAUUUAAUGGAAAUUCCAUCGACUACUUGAUUAGCUGAAUCAAUGAAAUUUAACAUCCCUCCCUGGCCUGGGAUAGGAGUGAAACCCUGAGGAGGGGAGAGAACACUGGUGAGUGGCCUAGAAGGUCCUGGAGGUUAAUGAAUGAGGAGCUUGGGGUGAGAUGUUGAUGGGCUGUGGGGAGAGUAGAGUAUAAGCAAAAUUUUAGAUUUCAGAAUGGGGAAUAACCCAGUAGUGCGCAUGCACAGUCAGGAAACAAUGAGAUGUGGGUUGGUGUUAUAGGUCCAGGGGUCCGGCAGACUUGCUGGGCCUCUGGGCAAGCUGGGGGUGCGGGGAGACAGCUCAGCACUCCUGGAAGAAGUGGGGCUGGGGCAGCCAGCCCUCAGUAUUGCCAAUAGCAUGCCAUGCCCACCCUCUCCCUCCCCUUGUAAGUCAGUCCGCCAAGCUGCCAGGAGCAUGCUGUCCCUGCUCUGGGGAGCACCACAUGGUACUCGAGUGGCAAUUGAAAGGGCCCAGAACUCUGGAUGCUGCAGCCACAGUUGUGGUUGUGGCCAAGAGCCUUAGGCCCUGUUGAAUUUCUGGGCCCAGGGGAAGUUGUCCCCAUGCCUCCCUCCCCAGGCCUGGGUGCCUCACUCCAAGGUGAAAGGGUAUGUCUACACUACCCCGCUAGUUCG